AUGACUGCUGCUCACCAAGUUAGUCCUUUCGAAUUAGACGUUGAAGAUGAUUCAACAUAUGAAACUCUUUGCCAAGCAGUACAUAUUGCAAACGAUUACAGGACUAUGCUCCAUAUUCGCGUCUACAACGAAAGCUCUCGAUACUACCAUGACGACGGCGUGUCGCUUAAGUAUCCGAGAACACAAUCCGCAAUACGUAUAUCGGAGCUCUUAGAGAGCGGACAUUUGAAAGAUUUACAAGGAUUCCAUCUUAAAGACAGAUGGACACUGGCAUUUAAUCUUGCCCGAUGUUUGCUUCAAUUACAUAAUGGGCCUUGGCUUCAAGAAUUGUGGAAUUCCGAAAAUUUCUUUCUCUUAUGUGAAAGAACCAAAGAAGAUCGCAAGCUAUUCAAUGUGCAAGGUCCAUUUAUUUACUCUACUAUUUCUGAAAAUCCACCAAGCCUGCCUCAGCUCACUCAUUUCGACAAGUAUUCAUUACUAUUGUCAUUUGGUCAGUUUUUGUUAGAACUUGCAAUUGGAAAGAAACUGCCAACUGCCAAAACAGAAGCGGGGAAAUUGAGUCCAUAUAAGACAUUGAAAAAUAACUUUGUCGAAAUGAAUAAAGGUAGUCUUAGCAAUGACUACAAAGAAGCAAUUGAAGGGUGUCUGUACUUUCACAAAUUCAUGAAGGAUGAAAAGGGGGUAGACGAGGAAGUCCGAAUACGUACAACUAUCUUCAAGAGGAUUGUUCAGCCAUUAAAACGUAAUCUUCAAUUAUUCAACGAAGGUGGAGCAUCGAAUAACAUAGGUACUAUAAAGAUUGGAGAUCUCAACGAUAAACUAUUAACAACUCCGCAAAUUACUAAGCCACCGAUUUCAAGACCUUCCCAUCCUUCCGAUAUUGAAAGAACUCGAGAUGACCAUAUCAACAACUCUGAUUCUAUGAGUUCGGAAUCCGAGUCUGAAUAUGAUGGGACUGAGGGCAAUCUCUUUGGAACUUUCGACAUAAGAGAUUCAAGAUCCCAAGAAUCCACAUCAUUGCAGUGGGGUUACACAUUUACAAGGCUUUCUCAAACUUAUAGGAAACGUUUUCAGUAUACGCUCGACGAUGAGCGCGUCAAAGUUGCCAUCCUUGAUACCGGUAUUGAUCGGAAUCAUCCAGAUUUCCGACAUCCUCGCUUAAAACACAAAAAUGGGCAGGGCUUCAUUUGGGCCAAAGAAGAAGAAGCGCAGAUUGAUCGCAUUAAGUCGUGCCAAAACUUUUGCGAUGAUCGACCCAAUAACGAGGAUGUUACGGAUAUUGACGGUCAUGGGACGCAUGUUGCUGGAAUCAUUUUACAACUUGCACCAACAGCGGAGCUUUACAUAGCACGAAUCUGCCAAGGUGACGAGAAAUAUGGGAAUAUUGCUCUUAAAGAUGAACCAAAGAUGUUAGAGGGGCAGUCCAAACAGCCAGUAGGCAAUCUGAAAGUUUACUGCCAUAGAGUUGAAGAAGCGAUUGAAUGGGCUAUUAAACACAAAGUCCACCUUAUAAAUAUGUCCUUUGGCUAUAAAAUAUGGAAUAAAAAGCUUGAUCAAGCUUUAAAGAAAGCGCGGGAGCACGGAAUAGUCAUCUUCGCAGCAGCCUCAAAUUCUGGGAACCAUGAACAAGUUUCAUGGCCCGCAAGAAUUUCAGAGAGAGCAAUAUGCAUCCAUUCUUCAAUUGAUCAUGGGACUUUCCCUUCUAACUUUACUCCAAAAGCGCACCCUGGAAUUAACAAUUUUAUGGUAGUGGGGGAAAAUAUAUGUUCACAUUGGCCUGAGUCUAAAGGUGGAGGAUUUCGGGCCAUGACUGGCACUUCUACAGCAACGGCCGUAGCUACUGCAAUCGCUGCGCUUUUGAUAGCAUUUAUACGACAGAGUGUGUAUGAUAAAGAGAAGAGAGAUGAGGUAGAGAAGGCUGUUGGUCGGGUCAGACUUGAUGAUCUCAAUGCCAUGGGAGCUUUAUUGAAACACAUCUCGACAAAAACUAACGGUUAUUAUUGGAUUAGCCCUCAAUUGCUUUGGAAGGAAUUCUCGUCAACUGGAAUGCGAGAGGACCCCAUUUUGGCAUCAAAACAUGGGUGGGAACAGAUACAAAAGGCACUGCGUAAAUGA